AGGUUCCCCCAGGCAAUGGUUCCGGGGGCCUGGGCUCCUCUAUCCUUGUGGAGGAGGGACUGCCAUGGCCUGAAGUCCCCUCUUCCAAGUUCCCCAGGGACGUUCCGGCUGUGGUUCAGUGGACUUCCCAGAGAGCAGCAGGGUGGGGGUGAGCUGGCACAGCUCAAGUGCCCCACCCACUCCCAGGGUCUGGAGGGAGGAGGCUCCUGGCCUCUUUGUGAGUGGGAGAUCAGAGCAGGAUUCCUGGAGAGAAGUGACUGGUUCCUUCCCUGGCUCCGGCUGAUCUGGGGCUUUGGCGGGUGCCUGCGAGUUGCCACUAGGGACCUGGUAAGCCUUCCUGCAGAGGAGAGCCCCUUGCCCCAGACCUGGGACUGUGGGCUGCUUGGCCUGGGGUGUGGACCUGCUGGACCAGCCUGGUUCCCAGAAGGUCCCCAGGUCUCCGCUGGACCCUCAGCCACUUUUGAGUUCUGCCCAGAGGCGGGCGUGGACCAGAUGAUCUUUCUAGGCGGGUCGGUCUGGAUGCGAGGUCCCCAGGGUACAAGUCUCUGCCUCGGGGCGGGACUCGCAGGGCGGGGUCCUAAGAGGCGGGGCCCCAGGGUCCCUGAAAAGCUUACACCAAGCGGGCGUCACCCAGUCUCGCGCCCACAGCCCGCUCUCGCCCAGCAUUCGAAGCUCGUUCGGUACCCAGUAUCGCCAUGCCCAAGUGCCCCAAGUGUGACAAGGAGGUGUACUUCGCAUGAAGGCAAGCCCUACUGCAACCACCCCUGCUACUCCGCCAUGUUUGGGCCCAAAGGUUUUGGCCGUGGUGGAGCCGAAAGUCACACCUUCAAGUAAACCUAGGUUGAGGAGACCCUAUCCUUGGCCACCCACCGGGCCAUUGCCCAUUCAGCAGAUGCCGGGCCUUACCCCAGACACCCAGGGCUCCUCAUAGCCCCUUGUGCCUUCAAUAAACCUGAACACGUGUG